AAUAGAAAUAUAACGUGGUCGGAGUUUAAAUUAGCUGAUACAUGGCAAAAACUUUUUUUAAUUUGUUAAUAUGAGUCUGACAUAAUUAUUAUAUAUUUCAAGGUGAAGACUUUCUAAACCACACCGUAAUGGCCUUUCGCCGGAGAGUUCGACGAAACCUCAUCCUCCUGCUAAUAUUCACUUUUAUAUCUGUUGGUUUAUUUUUCGCUUUACUCCAAACAUCCCGAGACGUUGUCAAGAACAGAAACGUAUUUCAGUCUGGGAGUACGUUUAUUACAACAUCAAAUCUAACGACAAAUGAGGCUCCUUUGGAAAUCAAAACAAGCUCAGUUAACGAUUUGACAGAGAGGAUGUUGCAGCACAAGGUGAAAAGUCGUCAAGUCUUGUUGGUUGUUGCCCACGGAAGAUCUGGUUCUACAUUUCUAGCUGAUAUUUUUGACAAGCAUCCACGAGUCUUUUAUAUCUUCGAACCACUGCACGGGAUUAGGAAAAUGCAAGUCGGGGAUUACGAUACUUUUGCGACAAAUUAUCUUCAACAAAUUUUUCAAUGCAACUUCAGUAUGGGUAAUACAAGCAAAGAGAUAGGUCGUUUUUUUCGUUUCUACAGCCGAGCAUUGAGUUCACCCCCGUUUUGCAAAUACAAGCAAGGAGAUCCAAAAUGGAGCCGAAAGUACUGUUCGCCUGUUACUCAAAAAAAGCUUGAACACACGUGUAAAGUGCAGCACAACACAGUCGUUUAUAAGCUUCUUUUGGAUAGAAUCCCUGGCCAAUCACUUGAGAGGCUUUUCCACGUGUGCGAAAUGGCAGAUGUUGAAUGCAAAAUUAUUUAUUUAAUACGUGAUAUGCGACCAGUUGUAAUGUCCUCUCAAAAAGUAGCCUUUUUUCGAGAGGUUGAUCGGAAAACAAGACCAUCCCUAAGACAGUUCGUUUAUUCUUGCUGCGAAAUGAUUGAGAGGAAUCUUUACCUGGUGAAAAAGUUUCCUCCAUCUCUUCGAAGUCGUGUGAGACUUGUGCGAUAUGAAGACUUAGCGGCCGAACCGCUGCAAGUUUUCGAUUCUUUGUAUCGAUUCGCAGAACUCGAAAUGCUAGAAAAUAUCAAACAAUGGAUCGUGAAAAUAACACAGCCGAGUUUUGCGGAUUUGAAAAAAGAGGAAAAACGCCCAGUUUCAAUGAUAAGGAACUCACUGGAAGUUCUGAACAAGUGGCGACUUUUGGCAGAUUCUUGUUUCGUGGAUGUGAUUGAGCGAUAUUGCCGUGAUGCGAUGAAAUUGAUGGGAUAUGUUGCAACAGAUGGUUCGGUGGAAAUGCUCCAAAAUUCAACGAUUCCACUAUUUAACGAGAAUUAUACAGCGCAAAAUUGGAUAUAGCAAUUGCAGUCCGCCGGCUGAGUGCGAACAUAAUUAGUAUGUCUCCCCGUCGGCCUGUCCUUUCAUCAAAUUUUAGGUCAGACUGUUCGUCUCCACAGCUUUUCGUCCGUGCUUCUUUCUGCACAUCUGAAAUUUCCUUCCCACUUUCCAAAUUGACUUAAGUGUUUUUUAUAAUUGAGCUAUGGGCGCCCAAACCGAGCGAAAUUUGAUGUUUCAGCCCCUUUCGUGAUGUUUUUAAAAAGGAUUCUUUGGAAUAAAAAAUGUAUCCCAUAGUAAUGAUCAAACGAUCCAAUUUCUUGCUCAGCUAGAGAGAAGCCAUUUCUCCAAUUAAUUCUUUAGUUCUUUUAUGGCCAUGUUGAAAGAACUAUCUUCACGGCGGGGAAAGAAGCCAUUUCACGAUGGGUGCUGUGAUGUGAUUGGUCGAUUCAGAGUUGCAUGCACGCACGGUUCUCUGUACGCAACUACACUGAUUUGACACCAAACCAGCCAAUGAAAAGCGUUAAAUGCUAUCAAGCUUUGAUUUCUUCAUAAUAGACAAGUAAAUAUCUAACUUUAGGUUAGAGAAAAUACACACAAGAAUUACUUCAUCACGUUGUUGUUGUAAACUGGGUCUGGAUAUCCACACUUUGAAGUUCUAGAUUCACUGUGAGUAAACGUGAAAGUAAAAUUUAA